AAAUUUUUCAGUUCAUUUAGAGUAAAUAAAUUCUACUAUUCCACUGAUUCGAGACGUCAUCUGGUAGUCAAUUUGUACAUUUCUUGUUUUCAUCUGUUGGUAAAAAUUCUUCAUAAAAGUCAUCUUCAACCGAUUGAAAUCUCAAGUACCGGUAAAUAUUCAAUGAUGAAAUUGUCAUUACUGUUGGUGGCGCUCUGUGCCGUUUGUACAUUUGCUGCUGAAGAGCAGAAGAAAGAAACUACUAAAGAAUUAAAUUAUGGAACUGUCAUUGGUAUCGACUUGGGAACAACAUAUUCUUGUGUCGGAGUUUUCAAGAAUGGUCGUGUAGAAAUUAUUGCUAAUGAUCAAGGUAAUCGUAUCACACCAUCAUAUGUUGCAUUCACUGAGGAAGACAGGCUCAUUGGUGAUGCUGCGAAAAAUCAGCUGACGUCCAAUCCUGAAAAUACAGUUUUUGAUGCAAAACGUCUUAUUGGUCGUUCUUGGGAUGAAAAAUCUGUUCAGAGUGAUAUCAAAUUCUUCCCUUUUAAAGUAGUUGAGAAAAACAAGAAGCCACAUAUCAAAGUCAACACAAAAACUGGUGAAAAGACAUUUGCAUCUGAAGAAAUCAGUGCCAUGGUUUUGGGCAAAAUGAAAGAAAUCGCAGAGGCAUAUUUGGGAAAGAAGGUUACUCAUGCUGUUGUUACAGUACCAGCUUAUUUUAAUGAUGCUCAAAGACAAGCAACAAAAGAUGCAGGAGUUAUUUCUGGUCUGAAAGUCUUGAGAAUCAUUAACGAGCCAACUGCAGCUGCCAUUGCAUACGGUCUUGAUAAAAGAGAGGGAGAGAAGAAUAUCCUGGUCUUUGAUUUGGGUGGUGGAACUUUUGAUGUAUCUUUGCUUACAAUCGACAAUGGUGUUUUUGAAGUAGUUGCCACAAAUGGAGACACUCACUUGGGUGGCGAAGAUUUUGAUCAACGUGUUAUGGACUACUUUUUGAAAUUGUACAAGAAAAAGAAGGGAAAAGAUGUAAGAAAGGAUAACAGGGCUGUACAGAAACUCAGAAGAGAAGUGGAAAAAGCAAAACGUACUCUUUCAACCCAACAUAGCGCCACAGUUGAAAUUGAAAGUUUCUAUGAAGGCGAAGACUUCUCAGAGACAUUGACCAGAGCUAAAUUUGAAGAAUUGAAUAUGGAUCUUUUCCGUUCCACUAUGAAACCAGUUCAAAAAGUCUUGGAAGAUUCAGACUUGCAAAAGAAGGAAGUCCAUGAAGUUGUAUUGGUGGGAGGAUCUACUCGUAUUCCUAAAAUCCAACAACUUGUUAAAGAAUUCUUCAACGGAAAAGAACCAAACCGUGGUAUCAAUCCUGAUGAGGCUAUCGCUUUCGGUGCUGCUGUACAAGCUGGAGUAUUGGGCGGAGAGGAAAACACUGGUGAUCUUGUCCUGCUUGAUGUCUGCCCUCUCACUCUCGGUAUUGAAACAGUUGGAGGCGUCAUGACCAAGCUCAUCCCUCGUAACACUGUCGUCCCUACCAAAAAAUCUCAGAUUUUCUCAACUGCUUCAGACAACCAACCCACUGUGACAAUUAACGUUCUGGAAGGUGAACGUCCAAUGGUUAAAGAUAACCAUCAUCUUGGUAAAUUUGACUUGACUGGAAUCCCACCUGCACCGAGAGGAGUACCUCAAAUCGAGGUAACCUUCGAGAUUGAUGUGAACGGUAUCUUGAGAGUAUCUGCUGAAGACAAGGGAACUGGUAACAAAGAAAAGAUUACCAUUAAAAACGAUGAUAAUAGACUUUCAAAAGAAGAUAUUGAACGUAUGAUUAAAGAUGCAGAGACUUAUGCAAGCGAUGAUCAGAAGGUGAAAGAAAAGGUAGAAGCAAAGAACGAGAUUGAAAGUUAUGCUUAUUCUUUGAAAAAUCAAGUUGGCGAUAAAGAAAAGCUUGGCGGUAAACUCUCUGAUGAAGACAAGGAAAAGGUAACAACUGCUAUCGAUGAAACUAUCAAGUGGAUUGAUGAACAUCAAGAGGCUGAAAAGGAAGAAUUUGAAGCGCAGAAGAAAAAAUUAGAAGAAAUUGUUCAACCCAUUGUUUCUAAGAUUUAUCAAGGUGCUGGUGGUGCAGAAGGUGAACAACAACAACAACAGCAAGAAGAAAAGGACGAGUUGUAAUAAGACUCUCAAAAAAAACUGAAAAAAAAUAUAGGAUUAAUCGGACUUCCGCUCUGGGUAUUGGGAGUCCAACGUAUGCAAAAAGAGAUCGUAUAUAAUGCACUUGUGAAAUCAAGUGGUUAAUCAGGACGACUACUGGUUUUUUCCAUUGUUAAUUUUCAAUUAGCGAUCUUUCCGUACUGUGUAUUUAGACGUGAAUAACGGCAUCUUCCGUUAACACCCUUGCAGUCGACUUUUCUUGUGGCUACUGCUUUACGUUGUCGCGAUAUUUGGAUUUUGUUCUCUAGACAUUAUUUAUUUGUUAGAAAAUAUUAUGCGUUGACUUUCAUAACAUGGUCUAUUUUGGAGAUUGUGCACAAUAUGAGCGAGUUUUGAUAAAA